AGCGACUUACAGCUGCCGAUGCAAUCUCAGCAUUUGCCUUUCUGCCUCUCAGGUGCGGGCAUCCCCGAUUUCCGCUCACCUGGCACGGGGCUGUAUGCCAACCUGCAGCAGUUCAAUCUACCGUAUCCCGAAGCCAUCUUUGAGAUUGACUAUUUCAAGCAAAACCCAGAACCAUUCUUCACCUUGGCUCGGGAGAUUUACCCAGGGCACGUCAAGCCCACCAUCUGUCACUACUUCAUUCGUCUCUUGAAGGAUAAAGGGCUGCUACUGCGCUGCUACACUCAGAAUGUCGACGCCUUGGAGAGGGUGGCAGGUCUGGAUCCCGAACACUUAGUGGAAGUUCACGGCACCUUUUAUACCUUCCAUUGCAUCAGCUCCACUUGCAAGAAACCCUACAGCCUGGAGUGGAUGAUAGAAAAAGUAUUCACAUCUCUCAUCCCCAGAUGUGAAAAAUGUCAGAACAUCGUGAAGCCAGACAUCGUGUUUUUUGGGGAGUUUCUGCCCCCUCAUUUCUUCUCUCUCAUGCAGUCGGAUUCCCAGAAUGUGGACCUGCUUAUUAUCAUGGGCACCUCACUUCAGGUCGAGCCUUUUUCCUCCCUGGUCAGCAGCGUACCUGCAAACACACCACGGCUUCUGAUCAAUAAGGAGAAGACUGGAGAGAGUGAUCCUUCCAUGUCCCUGAUGGGCUUAGGCUGCGGGAUGGAUUUUGAUUCGGAGAAGGCAUACAGGGAUGUUGCCUGGCUCGGAGACUGCGAUGAGGGCUGCCUGGCUUUGGCAGAGCUGUUGGGAUGGAAGGAAGAACUGGAGGAACUUGUGAAAAAUGAACACGCUGUCAUUGAGGCCAAAUCAGGACAGAUUGUGGGUGUCGGGGCAGGUGCUGAUCGGCAACCAGCCAAGAAGCAAGAACAGAAUCCAUCUUUGGAGAAAGAAAAGCCACCUGCAAACAAAGAAGAAUGAAGAGAUUAGAGAAGAUUGAGGAACUCUACUUUUUGAUAAUUAAAAAAA